AAAGGAGAAGAAAAAGAGACGGGAAAUUGGAAUAUUUCCGUCCGUUGCUACCAAUAAAUCGCCUCUAAAUUUUAAAUUUAGAGAUUGGGUAGAUUGGGUUGGAGAAGCCUCUAAAAUUAGAGAUUGGGGAUUCGGGUUGGAGAAGGAGUUGGGCUUCCUUAUUAGAGAUUGGGGAUUUGGUUGGAGAAGGACUUGGCUUCCUUUUGAGCUGUUCAAUACAUAUUGCAGAGAGUAGAAGAAUGGCGAGUAACGCCACGAAUGUGUGCCCGCCGCCGAUGAAGGCGACGUCGAAUGGUUCGUGGCAAGGUGACAAUCCACUCGAUUAUUCGCUGCCGUUGGCGAUCCUACAGAUAUGUUUGGUCGUCGUUUUCACCAGGACGUUGGCUUUCUUCCUAAAGCCGCUUAGGCAGCCCAGAGUCAUUGCUGAGAUUAUUGGCGGGAUACUGCUGGGCCCAUCAGCGCUAGGCCGCAGCGAGCGGUUCCUACACACGGUCUUCCCGAGCCGCAGUCUGACUGUGCUGGACACCCUCGCCAACAUCGGCCUCCUCUUCUUCCUCUUCCUCGUCGGCAUCGAGCUCGACAUCCACGCAAUCCGCCGAACUGGCAAGAAGGCCCUCGGUAUCGCUGUCGCCGGCAUCACCCUCCCCUUCGUAAUGGGCAUCGGCACCUCCGUCGUCCUCCGUCGUACCAUCUCCAAAGGCGUCAACGCCGGCCCUUUCCUAGUCUUCAUGGGCGUUGCCCUCUCCAUCACCGCAUUCCCCGUCCUUGCCCGCAUCCUCGCCGAGCUCAAGCUCCUCACCACCGACGUCGGCCGGAUGGCCAUGUCCGCCGCCGCUGUAAAUGACGUCGCCGCCUGGAUCCUCCUCGCCGUCGCCGUCUCCCUCUCGGGCACCCACAGCUCUCCUCUAGUCCCCGUAUGGGUGCUCCUCUCCGGCCUCGCGUUCGUCGCUUUCGCCAUCUUCGUCAUCCGCCCGGCGCUUGGAUUCUUAGCACGGCAAUCGCCACACGGGGAGCCCGUCAAUGAGUUAUACAUUUGCAUAACGCUGUCGGUCGUGCUCGCAGCCGGUUUCGUCACCGACACGAUCGGCAUCCAUGCGCUCUUCGGUGCGUUCAUCGUCGGCCUCGUGGUGCCCAAGGACGGUCCGUUUGCUGGCAGUCUGAUAGAGAAGAUCGAAGAUCUUGUUUCGGGCCUCUUCCUGCCGCUCUACUUCGUCUCUAGUGGGCUGAAGACCAACGUAGCUACCAUAAGUGGGGCCCAGUCGUGGGGUUUGCUGGCACUCGUCAUCUCGACUGCUUGUUUUGGGAAGAUCGUUGGGACACUGCUGAUUUCGUUGGCAUGCAAGAUACCGAAACGGGAGGCGUUGGCGCUGGCCUUCCUCAUGAAUACGAAGGGACUGGUGGAGCUUAUCGUCCUCAAUAUCGGCAAGGACAGAAAAGUUUUGAACGACCAGGCAUUUGCUAUCUUAGUCCUGAUGGCGCUCUUCACCACAUUCAUCACUACACCGAUCGUAACGGUCAUAUACAAGCCGGCAAGGCGCCACUCCGCUCACAAGCACCGCACCAUCCAGCGAAGCAACCCCAUCACAGAACUCCGAAUCCUAGCCUGCUUCCACAGCACUCGCAACAUUCCCACCAUGAUCAACCUCCUCGAGUCAUCUCGUGGGACCAGAAGCCGCGGCCUCAUCAUCUACGCAAUGCACCUCAUGAAACUCUCCGAGCGCCCCUCCGCCAUCAACAUGGUCAACAAAGCCCGCCGCAACGGCCUUCCUUUCUGGAACAAGAAGCGCCCCGAUACAGAUGACAUGGUCGUCGCCUUCAAGGCUUACCAGCAGCUCAGCCACGUCACCAUUCGCCCCAUGAUUGCCAUUUCCCACCUCUCCUCUAUCCAUGAGGACAUCUGUACCAGUGCUGAACAGAAGCGAGCUGCCAUCAUCCUCCUCCCGUUCCACAAGCACCAGCGCCUUGAUGGUGCCAUGGAGUCCCUCGGCCACAGCUUUCACCAGGUCAACCAGCUUGUUCUUCGCAAUGCCCCAUGUUCCGUCGGGAUCCUCAUUGACCGUGGCCUCGGCGGCACAACCCAGAUUUCCGCCAGUGAUGUCUCGUUCACCGCAGUCGCCCUCUUCUUCGGCGGCCGUGAUGACCGUGAGGCCCUUGCCUAUGGGGCCCGAAUCGCCGAGCACCCAGGGAUCCAGCUCACCGUCCUUAGGUUCGUGGCUGUGGCUGGGAAGUCUCUGAUGGGCAGCAACGGCGAGAACAUCGGGAUUAGCAUGGAAGCGGACGAGAGGACGGCAGAUGAUGAGUGCAUUGCCGAGUUUCUGAGUAAGACAGCCGUAGACAACGAAUCGAUAUCUUUUGAGGAGAAAGAAGUUGGAAGUACUGAAGACAUUGUAACUGUUGUGAAGACGAUGAACCGGUGCAAUCUCUGCCUGGCGGGACGGAUGCCGCCGGUCGAUCCCCUAAUAGACGGGACCGACUGCCCAGAGCUAGGUCCUGUCGGGUGCUUCCUUGCGUCGUCGGAGUUCUCUACAAGGGCAUCGGUGUUGGUGCUUCAGCAAUACGACCCCACAGCAAACCUUUUGCCGCCGGUGGAAGAGGUGGCGGAAAUGCACGACGUGCCGGAUACGCCUGCAACCCCGAGUGACAAGGGGUUUGAAUAGUGAGUGUGCAUUACUUAAAUCUGAUUGUUGACGGUGGGUCAGAUAUCCGGCGACCGGUGCAAUCA